AUGGCGCCUGCAAAUCCCCUCGCCAACUGGGAAAGAGUUGGCGACAGCUUCUACCGCAAAAUCCCCGUGUAUGACGCCAUCUUUGAUGAAGACGUGGAGCUUGAGAACUACAUUGUCGCGGGCGCGCCGUAUGGAGGUGCUAUUGCCCUCUAUCGUGAUGAAAGUAAACCAUUCAGGCUUCGAGACUCGCAGAGCUCGCGGACUAGCAUUGAGAUCUAUUCCUGCUCAGGAAAGCACAUAAAUACUAUCAAUGGUGAACAAGCUGCUAUUCGAGGGCUCGGCUGGUCCGACAAAGAAGAGCUCCUGGUGGUUUUUGAGGACGGCACUGUCCGCCGGUAUUUCGGCCUGGACGGUGAAUUUACAUCCUUCUCACUGGGAAAUGGUGCUGAAGAGUAUGGCGUGAGAGCUUGCCAAUUUUGGGCUUCUGGCCUUGUGGCAUUGCUGUCCAACAAUCAGUUGAUUGCUGUGUCUAAGUUUGAUGAGCCCCGACCCAAAUUGCUUGCGCCUUGUCCCGAAGGCGAGGUAUCGUCAUGGGCGUUGAUUCCACCUGCGCACACUCUUUCGCGCUCUGUGGAGGUUUUACUCGCUGUUGAUAAGACAGUCUUUCUGGUUGACUUUACAGAAGCAGAGGACAAGGUCUUACAGGACGGCCCUUUCAAGCACGUUAGCGUCUCGCCAAGUGGCCAUCUCAUCGCGCUGUUUACUCACGAGGGAAAACUAUGGAUCGUCAGCAAUGACUUCCAGAGUAAGCUCAGUGAGUACGACUCGAAGUCCCGUGUGCCGCCUAGCUCGGUGAACUGGUGUGGCGACGAGGCGGUCAUUCUGGCCUGGGAGGAUGAAAUUCAUCUUGUUGGGUCUAACGGUACUGCAUCAAAGUAUUAUUAUGAUGGUCGAGUGCAUGUCAUUCCUGAGAUGGAUGGUGUCCGUCUUGUCACGAAUGAAACGUGUGAAUUCUUACACAAAGUCCACGCUGUGACACAAGAAAUCUUCCGAUUAGGCUCUUCAUCCCCUGCAUCGGUGCUCCUCGAUUCGGUGGACCAACUAGAAAAAAAAUCACCAAAGGCGGAUGAGAAUAUUCAGCGAAUUCGCUCAAGUCUUCCCUCGGCAGUGGACGCCUGUAUCAAGGCAGCUGGGUAUGAAUUCGAUUCUUACUGGCAGAAACGAUUACUUAAAGCCGCUUCCUUUGGAAAAUCGGUCCUUGAUCUUUACAAUAGUGACGAAUUUGUGGAAAUGACUGAAAAGCUCCGAGUCCUCUCAGCGGCCAGAGAUUAUCAAGUCGGCUUGCCCAUUUCGUAUGAACAGUACUUGCGCUUGACUCCCGAGGGCCUCAUUGAACGUCUGAUAAGCCGUCACGAGUAUCUUCUUGCGAUCCGAGUCUCCGAAUAUCUGCAGAUUCCCGCAGAUCGCAUCUAUGUCCACUGGGCCAGUCAGAAAGUUCGGGUUUCUACAGUAGACGAUGAAGCCGUGUGCAAGCUGAUUGUCCAAAGGUUGGACGGUAAGCCAGGCAUCUCUUUCGAAGUCAUUGCCCAAACAGCUUAUGACGAGGGACGGUCACAUUUGGCUACACAGUUGCUAAACCAUGAGCCACGGGCGGGGAAGCAAGUGCCACUAUUGCUGAACAUGGAAGAGGAUGAAAUGGCCCUGGACAAAGCAAUUGAGAGCGGUGACGAUGACCUUGUGAACUAUGUGCUCCUUCAUAUGAAGAGCAAGCUUCCUCUGGCUAGCUUCUUCCGUAUGAUCAACACUCGUCCUAUGGCAUCCGCUUUGGUUGAGACAGAUGCGCGAAGUCAAGACACUGAACUCCUGAAAGACCUUUACUACCAAGACGAUCGACCUGUCGAGGGAUCAAAUGUCUUACUGUUGGAGGCUUUGCAGGAAUCGGACCCGCAACGCAAGACUGAGAAGCUCCAUCUUGCCUCACGUCUACUGUCAGACUCCAAAGACCCGACGGUUGUAUUACACCAGAAGCUGGUUUCCGAGGCUUCUCAGCUGCUGAAAGCUCAAGAGGCACUCGACAAAGAUCUUGCCGACCAUCACGAAUUCCUUGGCCUCAGUUUGAACGAGACGAUUUUCCGACUUGUUCGAGCAGGCUACGGGAAACGAGCGCACAAGAUGCAGGCUGAAUUUAGGAUGCCCGAAAAGACCUACUGGUGGCUGAGGCUUAGAGCCUUAGUCGCUAAACGUGACUGGGGUGAAUUGGAAGAACUUGGCAAGACUAAGAAGUCCCCUAUCGGAUGGGAGGCGUUCUAUAACGAGGUUCUGGGCGCCGGAAACACAAAGCUUGCUUCCAUGUUCGUUCCGAAAUGCACGCAUCUGCCCGUCACGGAUCGAAUUGAAAUGUGGGUGAAAUGUGGAAUGAUCGUCAAAGCAGGCGAAGAGGCGCAAAAGGCCAAAGACAUAAACACCCUCGAACUCCUCCGGAACAAAGCGUCCGGUCCCGCAAUUACCGAGAUUGAGCGCAUGAUCAACCAGCUCAGGCCGAGAAAAUAA